GCUGCGCUCACCGACUCGACACGGCGAACAGGGAUGCAGCGAGGGCGCAGCGCAGCCUGAAAAAUGGCAUCACCACGCGUACUGUGGAUCUAUCCAUCCCUUUCCCUCCUGUCCUCUCUGCUUCUUUUCCACGCUUUUCCGCCAUGCCGAGCCUUACGGAAUUACCCGGAGAAUGAAGUUACUUUGCUGGACUCAAUGUCAGCUUUGGCCGACCUGGGCUGGGAGGCUUAUCCUAAUGAGGGGUGGGAGGAGAUCAGUGUCAUGGAUGAGAGGAAUACCCCGAUGAGGACCUACCAGGUGUGUAACGUCAUGGAAGCCAACCAAAACAACUGGCUGAGAACGCGCCACAUCAGCCGGGAAGAAGCGCAGCGCGUCCACAUUGAGAUCAAAUUCACCCUAAGAGACUGUAACAGUCUACCCGGGGUCCCUGGUACCUGCAAAGAGACAUUCAACAUGUACUACUAUGAGUCCAACAAUGCAAACCUGUGGUUCAUUAAGGAAAGUCAGUACAUCAAAAUUGACACUAUUGCUGCAGAUGAGAGCUUUACACAGGUGGACGUUGGCGACCGUGUCAUGAAGCUAAACACGGAAGUGCGGACCAUCAACAACUUGAGUAAAAAGGGUUUCUACUUGGCCUUCCAGGACCUGGGCGCCUGCAUUGCUCUGGUCUCCGUGAGGGUCUUCUACAAGAAAUGUCCACUCACUGUGCUAAAUUUGGCCCAGUUUCCUGACACAAUAACGGGUGGAGAAACGGCACUGGUUGAGGUGCAUGGUGUGUGUGUGAACGCCUCUGAGGAGUUUGAGCCUCCCAAGAUGUACUGCAGUGCAGACGGCGGAUGGCUGGUUCCCAUCGGGAGGUGCGUGUGCAAACCAGGCUUCGAGGAGAACAAGGACAUGUGCCAACCAUGCAGACCUGGCACCUACAAAGCUUCAGCUACAGAUGCCUACUGCACCAAAUGCCCCCCUCACAGCUCCUCCCCACAGGAACAAGCCACAGAGUGCAUUUGUGAGAAAGGUUUCUACCGUGCUGAGAACGACCCUCGCUCAAUGGCAUGCACACGUCCUCCAUCUGCUCCUGAGAAUCCCAUCUCAACUGUGAAUGAAACCUGCGUCACCUUGGAGUGGGCACCACCCAGAGACACCGGAGGCAGAGGAGACAUCAUCUACAACCUCAAUUGCACAAAGUGCUCUGGUGAUGGCAAGAAGUGCACAAAAUGCGGUAGCAACGUCCAUUUUGUUCCCAGGAACUUUGGUCUGUCAUCAACAACCGUGUUGGUUACCGACUUGGAGCCAGACUCCAACUACAGCUUCACAAUUGAGAGUGAGAAUGGAGUGUCGGCCUUAAGUCCAACACCCAAGGGAAAAGUCGUGAUAAAUGUCACAACAUCGCAGACAGUCAGCGUAGUGUUGAAGGAAAGGCGGAGCAAGGACAGUGUGACUUUGGCCUGGCAGGGCCCAGAGAGACCCAAUGGAGUGAUUGUGGAAUAUGAGGUUAUCUACUAUGAGAAGAACCAACGAGAACAGAACUAUACAGUUCUGAAGACUCGCUCCAACAUGAUGACAGUGGAAGGGCUCAAACCCGGGACCACUUAUGUGUUCAGGGUCCGGGCUCGGACUGAUGGGGGGUAUGGGAGCUACGGUGGAGAGAUUGAGCUGGAAACAAGUCACGAAGAUGUUUUGGCCAUAGGGGACCCUAAUCAGUCUACCAUUCUGGCUGUGUCGAUCGCAGGGGGAAUUGUUCUCCUCAUCUUCCUGGUGACUUGCUUCGUUGUCAGCGGAAGGCACUGUGGAUAUAUCAAAGCCAAGCAAGACCCCGAUGAAGAAAAGAUGCAGUUCCAACAUGGGCGAGUCAAGCUUCCAGGCAGCAGGACUUACAUCCAUCCUCACACCUACGAAGACCCCAACCAGGCUGUCAGAGACUUUGCCAAAGAGAUAGAUGCUUCCAAUAUUCGCAUAGAGAGAGUCAUCGGAGCUGGAGAGUUUGGCGAGGUGUGCAGUGGCCGGCUGCGUAUGCAGGGGAAAAGAGAGAUCUACGUUGCCAUCAAGAGUUUGAAAGCAGGAUACUCUGACAAACAGAGGCGGGACUUCCUGUCUGAGGCCUCCAUUAUGGGACAGUUUGACCACGCGAACAUCAUCAGGCUGGAGGGCGUCGUCACGAGAUGUAAGCCAGUGAUGAUCAUAACGGAGUUCAUGGAAAAUGGAUCUCUGGACACUUUCCUCAAGAAACAUGACGGCCAGUUCACGGUGAUCCAACUCGUCGGCAUGCUCCGUGGUAUCGCUUCAGGUAUGAAGUACCUGUCAGACAUGAGCUACGUGCACAGAGACCUGGCAGCUCGAAACAUCCUGGUGAACAGCAACCUAGUGUGUAAGGUGUCCGACUUUGGCCUGAGCCGAGUUCUGGAGGACGACCCAGAGGCCGCCUACACUACAAGGGGAGGGAAGAUCCCCAUCAGAUGGACAGCUCCAGAGGCAAUAGCCUACAGGAAGUUUACCUCAGCAAGUGAUGUGUGGAGUUACGGCAUUGUCAUGUGGGAGGUGAUUUCAUACGGAGAGAGACCCUACUGGGAGAUGUCCAACCAGGAUGUGAUCAAAGCAAUAGACGAAGGCUACCGUCUUCCUGCUCCUAUGGAUUGUCCUGUGGUGUUGCACCAGCUCAUGCUGGAUUGCUGGGAGAAGGGGCGAAGCGACAGGCCAAAGUUUGCACAGAUUGUCACAAUCCUGGACAAGCUCAUCAGAAACCCAGCCAGUCUCAGAGAGCUGGCAAACAGCUCAGUAUGCAGGGAGGACCCGUCCACGCCAGAGUUCAGUGUUAAUACAGUGGAUGAGUGGUUAGAUGCUAUCAAGAUGGGCCACUACAAGGAGAACUUUUCCAGUGCUGGAUAUGUCAGCUUGGACUCUAUCCUUUACAUCAGUGUCAGUGAACUGGCUAAGAUGGGAGUGUCCCUGGCUGGCCACCAGAAGAAGAUUUUGUCCAGUGUGCAGAGCCUGCAGACCCAGGGGACGCACGUCCAAGUAUAACACUUUCAACAUUAGAGAAACACGAGGAGACAAAGUCAAACUGGAUGCUCCUGUUAAGAGUUUCCCCACAGCAACAGAGUUGUGAUGUAAGCUCUGUGCUUGGGCCUUCUUGGAUUUUGAGACACAUUAAGAUGGAGACGACAUGGACGCUUGCCUCCUUCACCUUCUCGCAGUUUCCCCAUUUGUACCAUCCUUGGUGGGCACUUCUGGCUUUAGCUCUCAGAGUCCCAGCAGUACGGUCACCAUUAUGGAGCAUCAAAGAGACACAUUUCCAACUGCAAGGCUGCACCUGAAGCAUCCCUGAUCAUUUCACACCGUGUCAACUCAACAAAACAGGAGGGAAAAAGACUUUAAACAAAAGAAAUGACAAAAAAACAAAUUAGAAUAUAAUAUCACUGUCUGUUAGGUGUACAGUUGUUUUUUCUGUCAUUUUGUUGGCUUUGAGUUUUCACCUUGAAGAGUUUAAAAAGGGUCAGAUGGUAUGUACAUGUGUAGAUAUAUGUUUAUAUGGGCUGUGUGUCUCACAACCAUAGAGAUGGACCUAAAGUUUGUAUUGUUGGUGAGGUUUAUAGGCUCAACCUUAACAGACGUAAUUACUUAGUACGCGUGUGGCCCCUUGCAUUGCUCUUUAUACACAGAAAGCCAGUGAAUGAGGCCAAGAUUUUGAAUGAAAUGAAUGUUUGGGUGUGGGGAGAGGGGAACUGAAAAACUGGACCUUUAGGGAUAGAGAGGGAUAUAGAUUUGCUAGCUCAAAUAGGAUGGAACUAUGAUUCAUUUUUAAAUAGUGUAUUGGACCAAGACCAGGGCUUCCUUAGUGACUGCUCCCAGACACACUUCCAUAAAAACUAUACCCAGUGCAUGUUUGCAAGUACUCUUGCAUUUACAGUACAACCUAACUAACAGCAGAGAAUACAGCAGAAACAGCUACGGUGCAGUAAGCACAGAGAAAAUGUUACUCUUCCGCCGUCUUUUCCAAACAGCAGUCUAUCACAGGUGUUAUAGUAUGGUGUUGUUGCAAACACUUCAGCCCAGAAGUUUGCCUUCCAGUAUUUCAGGUAUGUUAAGAAGUUUAUAGUGUUUUGUGAAGAGCAAAGUUGAUGCAGACAGAUGUCAGGACAGAUGUCGUGACAGACUUGACACUGUUAAGGACGUAUGACUUGUUUUUCCAGUGUUGUGCCAUGUACAGUAACUUUGAAAUGUUCAUCUAAAUAACGACCCACCAUUCCAACUCUAUGGUUUUCUUUCAUCGGUUCCCAUGGCUGGAUGGUUACACAAGGCCAGUUAGAAUAAUUACAGUGGUUUGUGUUUUCCAAAUAGUCUGCUUGAUGAAAAGAAGCAUUGGACCCUUUUUCAGCAAAAUGAAAUAGAAGCAGUGUUGACUUUCAGCGGUGCCACCACAAGAGGGUAAAUUUGACUUUUAAAAAAAAGACAGAUGAUUUGUGCGUGUUGUACUCUAUCACUUCCCUGGUAUCUGUCAUUUUGAACACCCCUAUUUAAAAAAAAAAUACCCAUAACCUAAAGAAGCAUUUUUUUUCUGUAUUAGAAGGAAACUGCAGCUUAUCACAAUAACUAUCACAAUAAUUAUACAGUAAUAUAUGAAGGGACCCUCUUUGUGUACACUGUAAUAAUGGCACUGAACCCGCUUUUAGUGUAUUUCUGCACCCAGUUUUAAUAUUUGUGGUACUCCAUAGGACCAACAGUGGCAUAAAGUACAGAAUAUAUGAUUGUAUCAUAGUGUAAAAUAUGUACAGUGUUGAUUUCCAAUGUUAGAAUGUUUGUAAUGAUAACAAUGAUGAUGACUAUGAUGUACUUUUAUUGUGAAAAAGAGAUUUCUGAAGUUCUCGUUCAGGGGUGGGUCAUACAGAGGUGAAGGUGAUACGUUGGUCUGAACAAAGGAAUGUAGCAUGGUGCAAAGCUUCAGCUUUUAUUGACAGGUGAGAGUGACUGCAGUUUCUUCUAUAGCGUUAGGAUGAGUAGAAUGGACUUUCUUUAUUGAUACACUGGCUUCAUUUGCAUAUCCACCUUAAAGAGUCGUUACAUGCACUUUUUUGACCUUGGACUGCAUACAACACAAUUUUAAAAAGAUGCUUGUUCAAGAGAGGGAAGGACGAAAAGUCUAACACGAAAAAUCCUCCAUUUAAACUUGGAUCUGAUAUCACAGAUUGAACAUUUGCUCUCUCCUUACCCUAGAAAUGAUAGCUGAGCUUAGCAGACUUGUCAAGCAUUGCAUUUCUAUACAUGCUGCAGUAGUUUGCAUGGUAUAAGAGUAUUUUUAGAGGGUGAAGAGUAUGAAGGGUAAUGCUGCUUCCCUAAAGUCAAGAGCAAAAGAGUAAAAGUGUAAAAAAUGGUUUCUGCAGCAUGUUUGUCGGAACUAAUGUAAGUGAGCUGUGACUGUUAGCUUAUCUAUUAGCUUUGUAACAAGACUUUACUUCAAAGGCUAACAAGUACAUCUUUUACUUACUAAAUUGCUUUAUUUUCUGGAGUUACAGGGUAUUUUAAAUCCAGUACAUGUAUAUGUCCAAUCAGUACAUGUGGCUUUGGAAGUCACCUGGAAACUCAGUUAGCCAAGAGAGACCUUAGCUAAGGCGAUAGACGGUAUAAAAGAUGGACGUAGCCAAUGUGCUCUUAAAUACUUUUGUGCGUGAAGUUCUGCUUUGAAGCCCCAAGGUGUGUGUUUACCUCAUCAUCAACUUGGCAUUUUUAAACUGGAUUUAAUGAGGGAAAACCACACUCUCAUUUGCUAAUGGUUUGUCAAUCACAUGUCAUUAGCCAGUGAUCAUAUUCUGAAUAAUAAUAAUGAAUUAUGCUAUUCAUUGUAUUCAGUAUGCCUUCAAAUGAGUCACCGUUCCUCAUACUGAGGAAACUGUCCCCUGAGGUUAGAGCAGAGUGACAUUUUUCUAUCAACUCCUACAAGACUGGAAGUAUUUUUGCAACCACCACUAUCAACCCCAGUGGCCAAAAAAUAAAAUCAGAUUUAAAGUCCUUUUCGGACCCAGAAGCUAUCUUCAUUUUUUGUACCGCCUCUGACUAAACCUGUAAAUUUAAUUGAUUAGUUAUCUACAACAGAUAAAAUGUGCCCCUGGUGGUUGUGAUUCAGCAUAUUGUUAUUCUGAAGUAGAAACCUACGUUUGUCUAACAUUUCAAAAAUACAAUUAGUAACAUGCACCAUGCUAGAAGGGAAAUCCAGACAGGCCUGAUAGUUAUAAAAUCUGAGCCACUCUGCUGCCAGUGAAAAAGUUGCUUUUUUAAUUGUGUUGUUUGGCCCCAAUGUUUUAGAACUAGUAAAAUAGAGGCGUGACAAACUGUUCUGCUUUUUUCAGCAUAAGCCGCAGACGAAAUGCAAAUUCAGAGUUUGAAACUGUUCAUUCUACUCUUGCUAACUCUAUGAUUUCACUCUAGCGGACUACCCGUGACCGCUGGCCUUUUAGAUGCCUUAUUUUCUGAGCUAUUUUUCUGUUUUGUUGCCCUAUACAGGGGAUAUUGAGAGUAAAGUGUAUUUAUCUGUGUUCUUAAGGUGACCUCACAUUAACACCCUGGUUUUAUAACAUCCCAGAGGCCCCCUCAAACUGUACCAUCAUAACUUCCAUACCUUUAAGUAGAUACUAUUAGAACCGUCAUACCUGAAGACCUGUAAAAGUGGACGGGGAAAAUCACAGUGUUGUUAUUUAUUUGCAAAUUAUGAAUAUGAUUGGCUUUCAGUUCUUUUCUUUAUAAGUGCCAAAUUCCUCUUGCAUUUUUAACAUUAUGUUACUGCCUGCAAAAUAAUGGUGAAUUGUUGACAUUGUCCUCUUUUUGACUCACUUAUUCAUCAGCACUCUCACUUUAGAAGAAACCAUUUUGGUUUCUACUCUGAACUCCCUGGUUUUUAUCACUUUUCACCAUGUCAAGGUUAGCUACGUGGGCUGGUUUGCUUGAACUUAAAUACAGUGUUUGUAUCCAUUCUCCACAAAGUCUGUAUCGUAAAUGUUAAUGAGUGAUUCUCAUCUGAGACUUUUAGCACUCUCUCUAUCUCCCUCUUUGUCCUCCUCUCUCUCUUUGUUUGGCCAUCAUACAAGGCUUAUUUGUCCCCAUGCCAAUUUCCUCUGCGUUGCUUGUUGUAAAGGGUGUAGGCAUUUUAAUGUCUUUCAUGUCGCUGUAAUAAAUAUGCUAAUAUUUCUAAUUUCUCA